ACUGGGGAGGAGGGAUAUUUCUGCACACCUCCUGAGUUACUUCACAGAGCUGCAGGAACACGGGGGAGGAGGAGCAGGAGGAGAGACCGAGGGACAUCACACUCACGGAGCGUGGGUUAGAGAGCAGAAAGCAUCCCGUCACUGGCUCCAGCUUCUCUGUGGCCGUCGGAGAGACUCUGCUGUGCACCUUCAGCCCGGGCUCCUCAGAUGUAAGCGGAUAAAAUGCUGAAGUUCUUCUCUGCGCGGGAUGACGAGAAUGAAAGCCUUCUGGGAGCAAUAACAGAGGGUAAGACGUGCAUGGGUUUGAAUGGGAUGAGAAAAAAAUCUAGCCCCCAUUCACUGUGCCUGUGAUGCAGGGGGAGGAGGAGGGAUGCUGCUGAUGUUUUCUACAGAAAAUGAUGAUCCAGCAUUUCACAGCGCGCCUGGUCAGCAUCAUCUCUCUCUCUCUCUGUGUGUAUGUGUUUAUAUGUACAAGACCAUCCUCCACCUCACUGAUCCUCACCUCAGUGGAGGGUCCAGUGAUGUAACGUGAUGUGAUGUGAUGACAGUGAGCAGGCGGACUGAGUGUCGCAUUGCCACCGGCGGGUCUGGACUAAACACUUACACGUGUGUUUAAUGCGUCACUGUCCCAGAGGGAGAGCGGCAGCAGCACAGAAUGUGAUCAUCGCUGUCGUCACUCCGUGGUUACAGAAGAUACAUUAUUUCCAUCAUUUUGCAGAUGGAACUGCAGUGCAGUAGGCUAGGGUAAUCCUCUGGUCCCGUGUUUACUAUGAACAGAACACGUUCACUCUCGCCCGUUAGUUUCUGAGUAUCCAAUACGUCACCUGACAAGGAUUUCGCCUUUUUCUCGACUGUAACAGCUAUGAUGUGAUUUCCGUGUUACGGAGAAGGCUGCUGAAAAUACAAGGGUUUAUGAAUGGACUCACUACAGGACAUUCUGCUGUAAAUACAAUUAUUGCGCAUACAUACACGGCGAUACGAAGGGACAGGUAGUACAUAUACGUUUUAGUGUUAUUUAUUGAUUCAGCAAAAAAGUUCACAUUAAAAACCACGAAAGUCAAUAAGGAAACUUAAGGUAGGCUUUGUUGGGUUUUUAGUAGGAUAGUAGGAUAUUAUCCAAACACUUAAUUUUCGAUUCUGAUAUGCUGCCAUCUAGUGACUUUCACUUUAAUAUACAGCUGUUUGUCCCCAAAACAAUUUUUUGGGCACACAUUAUUUGGGGAAACCCAGGCAUUGCGUUAUCAGAUUUUCAUUAUUAGAGGAAAAAUUGAUAUGAUUCUUACAGAUAUUACAUAAUAUGCUAGGGGCAUCCAGAGUUUUUAGAUAAUUUAAGUUCAAUACCUUUCCUAUUGGGCCGAAAAUGCAACUCUAUAUCAGAUAUUUAUGAUGUGUGAUGUCAUCAAUUAUACAUAAUCAACCACUUUUGAUUUAGAAUUCAGCUUUGUUAUAAAAAAAUAAAAGCACAUACACAUCUUUGGUCUAAAAUAAAUAAUCGGAAAUCCAAAGGAAAAGACAAGAGCUAAAUGAAACACAGUGAAAAAGAACACAGUGUACACUGAGCAGUAACAAACAAGGAGCAGAGAGAAAAAGAAUUACACAGCUGUUCCUGGAUGUAGAAGCAUUUCAAACAUAAUGCACUAUUAUAAUUUUUAGUAAAACAUAUUGCACUGUUGAUAUUUUCAUUGAGAACAGAUUGCACUAUUGAUAUGUUAUUGUCUAUGUAUAUUCUUGUCUUCAAUCUGAUUGUGCUGCUAUAUAAUUUGUUCCUGUAGCGUCAGUAUUGCAGAAGCUCACAGCUAAACUUCAUGUCCUGGAACUGUAACACUGGUUCUUGGAUCGGACAUCAAGGACGACUGUGUGCUAAUGUUGUCUUUAGUGAUGAUUGAAAGCCGUGUGGAAUGAAGGAGGCGAUAAUGGGCAAUAACACACACCACUAAAUGGCCACUUCGCACAUGUGAACACAGCGUUUCCACCUAAUGAGUCUGUGUUAAUCAGCUCCCAUACAGUACAUGUGGAAUGGAACGUCAGGAACGCAAUGGAAGACGGUGUUCAUAAUAACGUUGUGCUUCUCUUUUCCCUUCCCCAUGACAGAUGAGGGAGACAACCCAUCUCUGCAGGACUCAAAGCAGCAGUGGCUGAGCAGACCCUGCCUGCUGGUGCUCAAAGAUGGGAACGUGUCAAAACCGGGACUGGGCUGUGGACAGAUUAGACCCGACUCACCCUCUUUAGCUGCUUCUGACGCAACAGUCAGAACCCCUUUUGAGCCAUGCAACCCAAAGCCCUCUCAACAUCUUUCCAAAGUUGCUUCACCCUCCCAGCUGGAGGAAGGCAGCUGCACUGUGACCACCAUCUCCUCAUGGGGAGAAAGCUGUUUCGGGGAAUCAUCAAGCCCCCUGGUGCUGAGUCCUGCUGAGGUUGCCUGGCCAGAGGAGGGAGGGGCUAAAGAGGAGGAGAGGAAACCCCAGGCUCUUCCAUCGAAGGAGGAUUCUGUAGUUGAGGAGAAGGAACUGGAAGAGAGUGAGCAGGAGCAAGACCAGUACUGUAGCUCAGAAACUCCCGAGGAAGCAUCUCUAGAAGCCCAGAGUCAGAUAAACACAGCGAAAUCUAAUGGAAGAGAUGAAACCAACAGCAGUAAGGCCCAGGCAGUAAGUGGCGACAGAGAAUCUGGAGACUCCCCCGGGGUUCCAGAUAAUGAGCUCGACCCAAAUCCUAUGGGCGUUUCGUCAAAGGACAAAGGCAGCAUCCUCGGAGAAGUGGCUCCUGUGUGGAUCCCUGAUGCUGAGGCACAGGUCUGCAUGAAGUGUGGGACUAAGUUUACAUUUACAAAGAGAAGGCACCACUGCCGAGCCUGUGGAAAGGUAUUUUGUGCACUUUGCUCCAGUCUCAAGUUCAGACUUACACAUCUGGACGGCAAGGAGGGACGCGUUUGUGUUUCCUGUCACUCAGCUCUCAUCAAAAGAACACCACCGAGGGGGAGGCGAAGGGUGUGGUUCGCCGACGACGUCGCCCAGAAGCAGUCAGAGUCUGCUCCCACCACGCCAGUUAGAGGUCCAACAUUCUCGCCGCUGAUGAGACAUGCCCUGGGAGACAGGGUUAAAAGCUCUUCGCCGCAGAUCAGGAGAAGCUCGAGGCCAGAAGGAACUUCAACCAGUGAGGCCUGCGGUCCUAAUGGCUGGGGUACCACGGCUUUAGUCAGCAACUCUUCCAACCUCAUUCCAGUACAUGGCCUUCCCCCAAUCCUCACCUCUACGGGGGUCAAAGGAGAUUACACUGUGGAGGAGCAGCCCUCUGAGAUCCUGCUCAUACAAGAACUGGAGAGCAGCAGACCAAAGCCUCUAGUGUUCGUCCUCAAUGCCAACCUACUUGCUAUGGUCAAGUUGGUCAACUAUGUGAACAGGAAGUGCUGGUGUGUGACCACGAAGGGGAUGCAUGCUGUGGGUCAGGUGGAGGUGGUGAUCCUACUGCAGUGCCUGCCUGAAGAGAAAAGCUUCCCUAAGGACAUUUUCAACCACUUCAUCCAGCUGUACAGGGACUCACUGACAGGAAAGGUAGUCAAACACCUGUCUUUCUCCUUGUUCGGCGGGAGCCUCCUGGGCACUGAGGAGCAUGCAGGCUUUCUCUACGUGAACUCCACUCUCCAGUCCAUUCAAGGUCUACCUCUGCCAAACCAUCCCUACCUCUUUGGCCUGCUGGUCCACAGAGCAGAGGUGCCCUGGGCAAAGGCCUUUCCCCUACGUCUCAUGCUUCGUCUGGGGGCUGAGUACAGAUUUUAUCCCUGUCCACUCUACAGUGUGCGCUUCAGGAAGCCCUUGUUCGGGGAAAUAGGUCACACCAUCAUGAGACUAUUAGUGGACUUUAGAAACUACCGCUACAGCCUACCAAUGGUACCGGGGCUCACUGUGGAUCUCGAGGCUCAGAGGACCUGCAUAAAGAUCCCAACCACUGGGUAUAAUGAGCUAAUGAGGGCUUUGAAUAAGUCAAACGAGCAUGUGCUGGCCAUAGGUGCGUGCUUUAAUGAGACAGCAGACUCCCAUCUCAUCUGUGUGCAAGGAGACGGUGGCCAGUACCAGACGCAGGCCAUCAGUAUCCACAACCAACCUCGUAAAGUCACUGGAUCCUGCUUUUUUAUAUUCAGUAGUGCUUUGAAAACAUCUGCAGGAUACCUGGCCAAGUCCAGCAUUGUAGAAGAUGGAUUAAUGGUGCAAAUCACCGUGGAAACCAUGGCAGAGCUUCGCCGAUCACUACGGGAGAUGAAAGACUACACUGUCACCUGUGGACGGCUCGACCAAUCAGAGAGCCAGGAGCUUGUAUGUGUGCAGUGGGUGGAGGAAAAAUGCACUGUCAAUAAAGGGGUCAUUAGCCCCAUUGAUGGCAAGUCAAUGGAAUCUGUCAAGAGCAUGAAAUUGUUUCAGAAGUCCGAGUACAAAGAAAAUGGAAAAAUCAUCCGCUGGACUGAGGUGUUUUUCCUGCAGGCGGAAGAUCAUCUCAAAAGUGGAGCCUGUGAGUCUGCGGAACACAGUCGGCUAACGGAGAGGAUUGCCCGAGCCUUCUGCCUGGCACUGUGUCCUCACCUCAAACUGCUGAAAGAAGACGGAAUGGCCAAACUGGGUCUGCGGGUCACCUUUGACACUCAAGAGGUGGGAUUUGUAGCUGGCAGCAACGGGCAGCCCCUUCCAGCCGGGUACCUCAAUGCCCUGGACAGUGUGCUCAUCCCGGUCAUACAAAGCAGGGGGCGCAAGAGGGGCGAAGAGCCGAUUGUGAUGGAGCUCAUCUUUUACAUCUUAGAGAACAUCACCUAAGUCUCACCCACUGCAUCAUUUCAUCUUUUCAACCCUGACCACACCUUGGUCUCUGGCGUGUCUUAUCAUUACUGCUGUCGGCUUCAGGGCAAUAAAAGCAUUCAAAGGGCGAACCAGACCACAUCUAAGGUCUGCAUCCAUCACAUCCACCCACCAGUGGAGAGAAACAGGCCAGCUCUCCAGUAGUUUCCUGAUUUUCCUCUGCCGUUCAGCAGACAAUCUGGGUAAGCAUGAAAGCCUCCAUGGACCAUUAGAUCAGGGUGGUGUCCUUGCACCGCAGUAGCGUUUCAUAGCUUCUCAUCACUCGUAUCCCAUUACACACAACCUCCAACAGAAACUAAACCUUUAACGUGGGAGCUGACCUCAGUCCCCUCGAUCCUAGAGCAAAAAGAAAA